GAUCGCCACCCAAAAUGUGCCCAUGUUUUAAGCCAAUCAAUCCACACCAUCUUGGCAGAUAACACCGUCCACACCAAUCUACGAUCAGGAUUACUUGGGCAAAUCGCAGUUAUGCUCACUCAACAAUGUACUAGUCUCCCAUAAAUGCACCAAAACCAUCGAAGACCACAACGUGGAGACGCAACCCAGUACCCGAAGAAGAUGGUUUGUGGAGUUCUUUUGUCGUCGAUUUCCGUUAUUUGUCCAUGUACGACCUCCAUAUAUGGCUCUAAAAGAUCCACUAAGAUUCAAACUCGUUCUUGUGCAACACGCAGAAUUCAGUGCUCAAAUUCUGGUCCAGACUUGCCCCUAACAACUGAAAAUUUUCAAAAUGAUGCUUCUAUGACUGGUGGUGCAUAUGAUUUUGAAAGAGCAACGACAUCACUUACUAGUCUGUCAAUAUCGUCAUCGAAGAAGGUGACUCUCGUAAGGCAUGGCCUUAGCUCUUGGAAUGAAGAGAGUAGAGUUCAGGGAAGCUCAAACUUAUCUAUCCUAACAGAAACCGGAGUGAGGCAAGCAGAGAGGUGCAGGAAAGCCUUGACAAGUAUGCACUUUGAUCAAUGCUUUUCAAGUCCAAUAUCUCGUGCCAAGUCCACUGCUGAAGUUCUAUGGCAGGGGAGGGAAGAACCACUUAUUUUCCUUGAUUCACUAAAGGAAGCCCAUCUAUUUUUUCUUGAAGGCAUGAAAAAUGUGGAUGCUAAGGAGAGAUAUCCGAAGGAGUAUACAACAUGGAGAGAAGAUCCUGCUAAUUUCUGUGUGAAUGGUGUUUACCCUGUGCGAAAACUGUGGGGAACAGCAAGAGAGGCUUGGAGAGAAAUAUUGUUAUCGCCUGGAGAGAGUUUUUUGGUUGUCACUCAUAAAUCAAUUUUGAGGUCUCUGAUCUGCACAGCUUUAGGGUUACCCCCAGAGAGGUUCCGAGCAAUAGAUGUGAAUAAUGGUGGAAUAUCUGUCUUCAACUUCAACAAAAGAGGAGAAGCAAUGCUACAAUCUCUAAACAUGACGGCCCACAUGUACAACGAUCACGUCUAUCUUUACUGAAACUUAUAGAUGUCGUACAUUCAUUGAUGAGAAAGAAGCAGCUUUGUAUAUUUGGAUAAUACUUGGAAUGUUAAGUUUAUAUGGCACAUUCCAUUUCAUGGUUUCGAACAUGGCGUUGAGGAGAACUUCGUCUGGAAUGAAUUUAUCUGCAAUUAUGUAAACACUUGAAGUUGCAGGCCAGGGCCCGUGCAUUUUUGUGGCACUUUAAUCUGGACGACUGGUGUCAGAAAAUCUGUUUUCUUUUUCUUCAA